CGUAGAUGGCCGCAAUGACGCUCUGGCUUCGCAGAAGUCAUUGCAGAAAUGUUUUUUUUCUGACCGGGCGGCGGGGUACGACCCGGCCAGGGCUCAUCGAAACUCCGGGCUGUCCGGGCUGUGUGCGAUGGCCGCGGGAGGCAGAGGAGGAGUAAGUAUGUAAGUAGGAAUCGUCGAGGAUGGAUCUGAUGUGUUUUUAUUUCGACGCCCGGCGCAAUCGCGCUCGGGUAGGGCCCGUCCAGGCCAGGUACUUACUCGCAACUGACAGCCCGGGUGCUUGCGGCACGGUGCGGCAGGGCGAUGACGCCGCCAAGCCACGCUGUCCGGAGCGGCGAGCGAUGACAGACGCUGGCUGACCGUGGCAGCCCCCGUCCCAAAAUGGGUGGUGUGGAGUUGCGCGACGGAACGAUCGGUCCCCUCCGGCGCCCCUUUUCAUUAGAGAGACUCGGGCACAAUAUUUAGGACGGGAGGGGCGACGCCAGCUCUGCUCUCGACCCUUCCCUUCUGCUCGUAAUCCAUGGCGGCCCCGAACCCGACCGUCCCUGCGAUCUCGCUUCCGGCCACGCUUGGGGCGUUGUUGAUGGGCGUCCUCUUCUCUGCGUUUGUCUACGGUAUCAGCACGCUCCACGGCAUAUUCUACCUGCACAAGUUCCACCACCACGAUCCGUGGGCAAUCAAACUCUACGUCGGCUUCAUCUGGUCUGUCUCAGAUUUGGUUGCGGAGGCCGCGGCUGACACAGACUGUGUCGCACCGCAGGCUCAUGGACACCGGCCACCUUCUUUUUGCGAUCUGGGCACUGUAUCACUAUGUGGUUUACUGUUUUGGGAACCCGCUGGCGUUGUUGAGGCUGCAUUGGGCAUUCAAGGUCGGUCUGCACCUGUGUCGAGGAUGAUCGGAGCUGCACUCACCACUUGCUCGCAGAUGCUGACCAUCCUGAGCGUGCUCAUCAUCAACUCGGUCCAAGGAUUCUACCUCCACCGUGUCUGGCGCCUGAGCGGCCUCAAAAGCCGAAUCAUGGUCUUUGUCGCGGGUCUCUCGGUCCUGUGUGGAUUCGAGCGCCGACUGGUCCGCAGCAUUUGGGUUGAUGCUGGCCGUCAAAACGCAAGUUGUCUUUCGGCUUUCCCGCGCGCGAUCCCAGUGCUGAUUUAUGUUCUUGGUUGGCUGGCUUGCAGCGCGCAGUCCCAGUCGUUCUUGGAGCUCCAGCGGCGCGAUCUCAUGAUUGCCGCCGAGGCGUCGUUCUCGAUUGCCACGGCGAGCGACUUUGCGAUUGCGGGCGCGAUGUGCUACUACCUGUGGUCCAGCAAGAAGACGGUCCCGCAUCUCCGCGGGUCGCGCUUGCAUGUUGCCAUCAACAGCGUUAUCCUCGGGGUUGCUUACGAGUCUGACCUCGCUCGCGUGUCUCAUCACCGUCCGUCCCGGCAUUCCCCGCCGUCGCACGCAGCUGCUGACCGGAUUGACCCGCAGUUCAUCACCCUCCCUCACACGCUCAUUUUCUUCGCUGUGUCGUUCCUCCUGACGAAAUGCUACGUCGUGUCGUUGUUCACGCUGCUGAAUCUGCGCCGCGGGAACAACCUCACGCCGGACCAGACCAAGGCCGGCGAGUCCUCCAACUCGUAUUCAAUGGGAUUCCGGAGGAACGUCAGCCACCAUCUCGACAGCGCCGUGGACCGCGCGCCCGUGAUGGGCGUGCACGUCGACGUCGAGCGCAGCGCCACCGCGGACCCCGUCCUGGACCUCACCGGCAGUGUCAAGAUCAGCGCGUUCCAGAUCUCCGACGAGCUCGACCACAAGGCCUCGCAGUGGUAGUCCUCGCGGCAGUACUGCUCACGUGUUGCGCGAUAGGGUGGGAGGUCGCGUGACUGCGUUGCGGAUGGAUUCUUUCGGAAUGCUUAUUGUUACUGUUACUACUACAUACUGUACAUGCGUAUAAUGUACCAUACGAGUCGAGACGGGCGUUUUUUUUUUUUCCUUCUGCGGCGUUCCGAUUUCCCAUUGUCGCGUCAUAUCCUGGGGUCGGAGCCGACGGGUGGAUGGUCCAGACGCGAGGCACGUCAGGAGUGCUUCGGAGUCCGACGGGAAUGUGAUGCAUCACAUCUCAGUGCGAGAACUCGAACACUGGCCCGGACCAACGGUCUCCCCGCCAGCGCGGAAACGUUACGUUACACUUCCAAAUCGGCCGCGCUAUGUUAUAUUGUAUCUCGUCAAGCGUGCGGGCGGGUGGGAGAAGACUCGAGAGCUUUUGCAUGGCGGUCAAAGC